AUGUUUGAAAGAGCGUCUAUGAAAUUAGGACUUGACCAAGCUGUUUUAGCUAAUAUCACUACUUCUUCAGAUCCUAAAGAUAAACAGCAACCAUCAAAAGAACUUAUAGAAAGUUUAUUAAGAAAUGGUGCAUAUGGAGCUUUCAAAGAUGAUGAAGAGUCAUCAUCUAAAUUUUGUGAAGAAGAUAUUGAACAAAUUCUUGAAAAAAGGUCAUCAAAAGUAGUUUGGAAAGGUGGAGAAAAUUCAUUAGGUGGUUCUUUUUCAACUGCAACAUUUCAGUCAGAAACAGGAGAAACUAUUGAUGUUAAUGAUGAACAUUUUUGGGAAAAAGUUUUACCAAAAGAUAGAAAUGUAUCUCAACUCACAAAAAUAUUUAAUGAUGUUUUUGGAGGAAGAGCAGGAAGAACGUCACAAGCACGAAGAAACUCAUGGAUAUUAAAUGAAAAAGAACAAUAUUUAAAAGAUGUUAAUGAUUUUGCAAAACAAAUUAUUGAAGAAUAUGAAAGUAAAGGAAAAAUAAGCCCUGAUAGGGAUGGUCUUGUUUCACUUAUUGAAACUAUUCUCACUGUUAAAAGUUAUUUUGAAGAAGAUGAAGUUAAUACCUUAGAAGAAGAAUUAGAACAAUUAAAAGUUACACGACAUAGAAGAACUACUUUAAGUAGAAUGGUUAGUACAGACAUUGAAAUGGAUGAAGAUGAAAAUGAAGAAAGUCUUACAAAGAAAAAGAAGGUAAAAAAAGAAGAAUUAAGUAUUGAAACAAAAAUCAAUUGGUAUAAUUCUGUUAUUAAUUAUGGAAGAGUUAAUUGGAUGAUUUUAAGAGAUAGGGCAAGAAUUAAUGAAGAUUGUCAACAAGAUGAAUUACGAAUAUUAACCAUACGAUUCUUAAAAAAUUGUAUUGCUGCUUGUGAUAUAAAUGGUAUUGAAAAGAAAUAUUUUGUUAAAUUACUUCUUGCGUUCCAUGACGUGAAAAGAAAAAGAAGAGGAAAAGAUGAAGAAAUUAAUGAUGAACAUCAUUAUACUUUAGAACCAGAAUAUUCUUUUAUUACAAAUGAUGUUAAGUCUUGGGCAGUUAAACUAAAAUAUAUUAAUCGAUUAUGUUCAUUAUUUAUUCACACCGACACAGUAAUUGGAGCACUUGUUGACAUUCCAAAUCAAAAUUGUAAUUUCCCUGAAUUAAAGAAAUGGUGGAAUGAUGAGUGUAAUAAAGAUCUUGUGAUUGGAGUAUAUAAAUAUGGUUUUUCUUCAUCUGAAUAUCUUCAACAAGACCAAAAGUUAUGUUUUGUAGAACUUAUGAAAGAUGAUGAUGAUGAAGAUAAACUUGAAAAAGAAAGUGAUGAACCUGGAGAUAAUAAAAUAGUUAUUAAAAUACCUAAAGAAUUUCCGUCAAAUAAAGAUCUUGACAAACAAGCAAAAACAAUUAUUGCUUGGUUAGAUAAGUUCAUUAAAAAACAAAAAAAAGAACAUGCCUAUGAUGAAGAACAAGAAUGA